AUGCCGGCAGCCCGCGCCGGGCCGCGCCGGGCCGCCCUGCGCCCGCAGCAUCGCGGCGCCCCGUCCGUGGCCAGCCGUCCUCUCCUGGGCACCCUCUCCACCCCGCUCGCCUCCUCCUCCUCCCACGGAGCCACCCUCUUCCUCCGCCCCCUCUCCCUGCCAGCCUCCACCCCGCCCUUCCCCGCACUCCACGCCGGUGCCGGAGCCGCGCGUCACUCGGGCUCCAGCCCCGCCGCAGACAUGGCGACACUGACAGCGGUCCAGCCGCUCACGCUGGACAGAGAUGUUGCAAGAGCAAUUGAGUUAUUGGAGAAACUGCAAGAAUCCGGAGAAGUACCGGUACACAAGCUACAGUCCCUAAAGAAGGUGCUGCAGAGUGAGUUUUGUACAGCUAUCAGAGAGGUGUAUCAAUACAUGCAUGAAACCAUAACUGUAAAUGGCUGCCCCGAAUUCCGAGCCAGGGCCACAGCAAAGGCAACAGUUGCUGCUUUUGCUGCAAGUGAAGGCCAUUCACACCCACGAGUGGUGGAGCUGCCAAAGACUGAUGAAGGCUUGGGCUUUAAUGUCAUGGGAGGAAAGGAACAAAAUUCACCUAUUUACAUUUCUCGCAUCAUUCCUGGAGGAGUGGCAGAAAGGCACGGAGGGCUCAAACGAGGGGACCAGCUGCUUUCAGUUAAUGGAGUGAGCGUGGAAGGAGAGCACCACGAGAAGGCAGUGGAGCUGCUGAAGGCAGCUAAGGACAGUGUCAAGCUGGUGGUACGCUACACCCCCAAGGUGCUGGAGGAGAUGGAGGCUCGCUUUGAAAAACUGAGAACAGCCCGGCGCCGGCAACAGCAGCAACUGCUCAUCCAGCAGCAGCAACAGCAGCAAACUACACAUCAAAACCAUAUGUCGUAGGUUAUUCUCAAGAAAAAAAAAGCCUCAGUCCAGAGUUCAGUAAUCAAGCAACC